AUGGAUCCUAAAAGAGUACAUGGACAAGAGAGAAGAAAAAGGCCGCAAAGAUAUCACGAAAUUGAUGUCGAAGCUCAUAUACAAGAUAUAUGAGAUGUAGUUGAUCAAGGGAGCAUGUCGACUGGACGCUCACAAACUACUGAUCACAAGGAUGGGAAUUCUCAAAGCCAAUCGUUUUCAGGCAGAUCACGAACAAAUAACGAAAUUGACCCAAAAGACUUUUUGGUAGAUUUUUAA